AUGAAGCUGCUCCUGCUUCUUGGCUUAGUGGCCCUGGCCCAGUGCCUUGGCCCCAGGGUCCCUCUGAGGAGGGGGAAGUCCCUGCGGCAGGUCCUGAAGGAACAUGGCUUGCUGGAACGCUACCUGAAGCAGCACCCCUACAACCCGGCCUCUAAGUACUACCACGCCAGCGUCUCUGCCGAGCCCCUGCAGAACUACAUGGAUAACGAGUACUUCGGCACCAUCUCCAUCGGUACCCCACCCCAGGAGUUCACUGUUAUCUUUGACACCGGCUCCUCCAACCUGUGGGUGCCCUCGGUGUACUGCUCCAGCCUGGCUUGCAGCAACCACAACCGUUUCAACCCAGCGGACUCCUCCACCUUCGUCAGCACCAACGAGAGCGUCUCCAUCGCCUACGGCACUGGCAGCAUGACUGGCAUUCUGGGCUAUGACACCGUCACCGUUGCAGCCAUCAACGUCCUCAACCAGAUCUUUGGGCUGGCUGAGACCGAGCCCGGCGAUUUCUUCUACUACAGCCCCUUUGACGGCAUCCUGGGGCUGGCUUUCCCGAGCAUCUCCUCCUCCGGAGCCACCCCUGUCUUUGACAACAUGAUGUCGGAAGGUCUCGUGGCCAAGGACCUCUUCUCCGUCUACCUGAGCAGGGACGGGAGUAAAGGCAGCUUCGUCCUCUUCGGCGGCAUCGACCCAUCCUACACCACCAACGGCAUCACCUGGAUCCCCCUCUCUGCUGAAACCUACUGGCAGAUCUCCAUGGACAGCGUCUCUGUCAGCGGGGAGACCGUUGCCUGCCUCUACGGCUGCCAGGCCAUCGUGGACACAGGCACCUCGCUGCUGGCUGUGCCCAACAGUGCCCUUGGCAACCUCCUGAGCGCCCUCGGUGCCAGCUCCAACGGCGCGAUCAGCUGCAGUGCUGUCAACAUGCUGCCCGACGUCGUCUUCCAAAUCAACGGCAAUGCCUUCUCCGUGCCCCCCAGUGCCUAUGUGAUAGAGAUGGACGGGUCCUGCAUCCUCGCCUUCCAAGGCAUGAACAUCCCCACCGAGUCGGGUGAGCUCUGGAUCCUGGGGGAUGUCUUCAUCCGCGAGUACUACGUCAUCUUCAACAGAGCCAACAACAUGGUGGGGCUGUCCCCGCUGCCCUGA